AUGACCUCUGGAAAGUGGCAACCUGAGUCCUCCCUCAUUGAUCGGUACAAAUCGGAGUCGAAUAUUUACCAGCUUAGUUACUGUGACGAUUCCGAUGAUGCGGAGGACUGUCAGAGGCCAGAAGACCAGAAGGUGUUGGCCGAGUUGAAACGGACAGAGUCCUUCAUGGAGUUGAGCCCACAGAAGCCUUCCAGAUCCCCACUUGACGCUAUUCGACAGCUUGUGAUUGAUAUCGGUGACGCAGCAGCCCUCGAUGCCGUCCCCCAGUUAGUUCGAGUGCUACAAGAAGAAUUUGCACCGAACGGUGGUGAGGACAAUGACGUAGCUGCCAGCAUACCUUAUCCUCCUGUAGAUGCGUUUACUCUUGACUUACUUGAUUACCGACUUGGAAGAAAACCCGACGCCUUGGUGUCAGUACCACCCGCUCCUGCUUGCAAGUAUGAAACCUUGGCCGCCCACGAUCCGUUUGACAUGGACUUUGAUUUUGAAGUAGUUUGCAAGAAUGGGCUUCCGGAAAUACCUUUUAACCCCACUGGUAAUGAGAGGUCGCCGUUACACAAAUCUGGUGGAUUCGGUCCCUUCCUCGACUCGCUGCUGAACCGAUUGGGGAGUAUGCACAAGAAUUGCUUCUACACAAAUCUGCUGUUAACUGACAUAGUUUUAAUACUUGCGAGUUUUCACCAGCACCCUCUGGCUGAAGUGCUGCUGGGGCUUGUGGAUAUCCAGUGGAAAGUACCUGUGAGAACACUUUAUCAGGUGCUCUUGGAUGUAAGAAAAGACCUUGAGUUUGCGCUGGCCGCGAUUCCGAACUGGCGUGUGCUGGUAGAACAGGCCACGCGCUUUCUGCAUGGUCCGAGUGAUCGAAAUCCAGAGAAGGUGUUGCCUCCACCUGUUCUGGUGCAAACUGACUUGGGUGUGGAAAGAGGAAGUGCUAAGGUGUCACAACAAGAGCGUGCUCGAAGUGCAUCGGUUAGUCCACCAGUUCCUACUCCUCCUCCUCCUGCUGCUCCUCCUCCUCCUCGUCUAUCUCAACAACCGCGAGGUCGUCCACAUGAUCCUGCCGCGUUCACCAGACCACCUCCUGCGUGCAAUCGGUCAGCUAGUGUGACUCCCGUGAAUGUGCCGCGUUGGCGGACGAAGGUCCUGGAGCCGAUGGUGCCAACGACGCCACCAGCACUUCCUUCAGCACGACAACGACGCUCCUCGAUCGACCGUCUGUCACAGCUGUUUGGUCUGUCUAAUUCGUCGCCGACGCCCACGUGUCCCCCACCCACACUAGUCAUUCCUGUGUGUACGCGUAAUAUCAUCUUCGCGUACGUAGUCUUCAACGACUUUUGUCUUGAGCUGGCUAGCCUAUGUUGUGAGCAUGGCGUCGCGUUUGCCAGCGUGUUACCUGGAUUCGAGAAGACACUUGACUUGGAACACUAGAGUGGAGGACAGAAUGCCAUUCAUGAGAAGCUGGAAAAUACGCAGAACCGCGUUGAUUCGGAAGGGUAUGCGUUUGCAGUGGAACAGACCGUCGUGGAUGUUGAUAGUCAGCAGUAG